AUGAUCGCCGACGACUCUGACGCACAUGCGCCUGCGAUAGAGCUGAGCGGCGAUCCGUUGUCGUACCGUGAUCUAGUUUGUUAUUCCAAGUCCGUGGCUCGACAGGUUGAAGCCAAGGCGAACGUCGCUUGUCUGGGCGCCCAAAUCCUCGUCGUCCUUGGAGAAAGCUUCGAACUUCCAGUAGCAGUUCUCGCGGUCCAAGCAAUUGGUGCGAUUCCAGUCUUGCUGGACGUCGAACGUCCGGCACAGGAUCUCGCCGUCACGAUAGCCGAUUCAAACCCAACGUUGAUGGUCACCGUCGAGAGCUACCGCCAUCUUAUCCUGAGCUUAGCUGCGCCGUCAACUCCUGUGGUCUACCUAGACUUGACGGAAGUGGCUGCGAACUCGACACAAUUCGACAGGAGCCGUCUCCACAUUCCAUCCACUCUUCACGACGGUUUUGUUGCCUCGGCGUCCGUGCCCACAAGAAUGCCAAUGGCUUUUCCUGAAGCCCAUGCCUCCGCCACGACGAAUUCUUGUCGAUUGCAUUCCAUGGACACAGGAAUCUGCGCAGGAUAUCGAGUUGUCGCGCUUGGCCACGAUACAUUACUCGUCGGCUUGUGGAUGGCACUCUCGAACGGCGCAACGUUUGUCCUCCGAUCACGACGUCUCGCCAGCGACUUGCGCACUGUUCAUGCCAUUGUCUGCACCUACCCAGAGCUAUCUGGUCUUGGCCAUCCCACAGCGUAUCCCAGCUUGAAGGUCGUCGUCGUUGUUGGCGACGUUUGUCCAUCGCACGUCCAGACCCUGUGGUCAGCAUUUGUACAAUUUCGCUUGUGUCGAAAUCGAGACCUGUCUAUCUUGGGGUGCCAUGUCGAGCUGGUUAUGGAGGACGCGUUGCGCGGUUCUGAAAUCUUGCACUCGCGCGACUUCGUUGACAAUACAACACUUCGUCCGAAUCCAUUUGACCAUGCAACCAGUCACAAAAACCGAGCCGGGAAAGAAGGAUCUCGCGAAUUUUGGUGUGCCGCUCUGGAACUGGCCGCCAAGACAGCACCGCUCUCCGUGCCAAAGCCCGUCGCCUGUGACGUCAAGUACAAAGCGCUCUGUCGCACCCUCGACCUGCGUCACUUGCGCGACGUGUGCAAUCUGGCCCAGGUCACGCCAAGCUCCGUCUUUCGAACAGCGUGGGCGAUGGUGCUGCGACACUACACGCAGUCGAACCACGUCAUGUUCGGAACAGUGGUGUCGGGACGCGAUGGCGGCCUUGCUGGCACGGAAAGGAUGAUUGGGACGUUGAUCAACACGGUCCCCGUGCUUGUCCACGUGGGACAGUCCGAGCUCGCGUCGGACUGCCUCAAGGCAGUCCACGCCUUUUCCACCGACAUGAUAGACCAUGCACACUGCAGCCUGUCCGACAUACAGCGUUGGAUAGGCAAGACGGAGCUGUUUGACACGAUUGUGGCCUUUGAAAACUAUCCCCCGUCCCAACUGCAGCUCUCCGACAUCGCGACGCCGGUCCGCAUCGACGUCACAUCAGGGCACGAGUUUGUCGACACAACGGUGUGCGUUGCGAUUUCCCCCGAAGCUGGAGAUCUCUAUCAAGUCAAGACGACGUUCAAGUGCGCUGAUGUCAGCGAGGAGAUGGUGCAGCGCAUGACCGAUCGGUUUGCGCACAUCUUGGCGAUGCUUGCCACGCCGACGUCGUGCCAUCAAGUCGUAGCCGAGACGAGCGCAGCGCCAGCAAACGAGGCCAACUUCAUUGCGCUGUCGUCAUGCGGCACGCAUGUCGCCUUGCCAUACGAGCUCUUGCAUCACGCGUUCGAGGAGAGAGCCCGAGAAUGUCCAGGACUGUCCGCCGUCGAAUAUGGUCCGGCGUCGUUGUCCUAUGGGGACCUGAACGACCAAGCCAAUGUCCUCGCGGUCAAACUGACUGAACUUGGCGUCCACGUUGGCAGCCGAGUGGCCGUCAUCAUGGAGCGGUGCCUUGAGUUUCCGAUUGGGUUGCUGGCCACGCUGAAAGCCGGCGCCUCCAUGGUACCCCUCGACGCGACAUUUCCACCUGAACGGUUGAGGUAUGUGCUAGCCGACGCCCGUGUAUCGGUGGUAGUCACGACCAACGACCACAUCGGGCACGUGGCAGCGAUCGAACAUGACAUCCCCGUUGUGUCUAUCACGUCCAAGGAGCUCGCACAGAGCGGAGCCUGCUUUGAGCCACGCCCAGCCCAAGUCGCAACACCGCUGGACGAGGCCUACGUCGUCUACACGUCGGGGUCGACGGGAAAGCCGAAAGGUGUCCCUGUCCAGCAUGCUGGUGCCGUGAACGUCAUGGUGCACAGCGCCGCCGCCGUCGGCAUCGUUCGACACGCGCGGGUCAUGCAGUUUAUGGCCGUCUCGUUCGACGGGUUUCAGAUGGACAUGUGGAAGUGCCUGUCGCACGGCGCCACCUUGGUGCUUCGAGACACUGGCUUCAUGGACACUCUCGUGCACUCCAUCGAUGCGUUUGCGUGCACGCCAACGGCGCUGGCCCAGCUCGGCGACCCCCUUGUCGAGUCUUGUGGUCUUGUGCCUCUUACCCCCAUCCAAGUCCUGUCUUUCAAUCACCAGUGGGAAAACAUCCACUUUUGGAACUUAUCCAUAACUCGAGAAUGUUGCCAACGGAUCGAGAUCGGUGCCCUUCGGCAGGCUGUGGAGCAGCUGACUUCGCAUCACGACAUGCUCCGGGCAAGAUUUCAAUGCACAAAUUCGAAAUGGACCCAAUAUAUCUUGAAGGAAUGCGACGCAGGUGUUCCUAUGGUCGAGUUCGUAGCGAUCGAUGGCGUGAUCGACCUGGAAUCAGCGAUUCUAGCCAGAGAGCAGACGCUGCACUUGACAGACGGCCCCUUGUUUCGUGUGGCGUUGCUGGAAACCCCAGACCGAUCGCAGUAUAUUCACUGGACACUCCAUCACACGAUUACGGACUUGGUGUCGUGGCGCAUUCUGCUUGGCGAUCUGCAGUUGCUACUGACGAAGAAAGCGUUGGGCCCAAAGACGACUUCGUUCCAGGAAUGGUCCACUCGACUACACAACCAAGCAGCCGAAUGGGAUCCAAGUUUAUGGUCGCGGUAUUUAGGUGAUGACCUCGUUCCUCCCGCCAACUCCACCGAUUUCGAUACCACCCAUCAUCGCAUCCACCUGGCCGCUGCCGUGGCGAUGAACUUGAACAAAGCCAACGAAACGUACGGGACGAACAUCCAAGAACUUGCCCUUGCAGCCCUCACCGGCGCUUGGUCCGAGUUGCAUAGGGUUGGCAACGCAUCGAAACGUGUUGACCUUUGCGUGAUGCUGGAAGGACAUGGUCGCGAAUCGUGGGAUGCCACCUUGGAUGUGUCCAACACGGUGGGGUGGUUCACUAACGAAUUCCCUGUCGUGCUGUCGGGUUUGGACAACAUUGCUGACUUGGUACGGCAUGUCAAGGAGACGCUUCGUGCAGUGCCGCACCACGGGUUGUCCUACGGCGCCAUCAAGUACCUCGCUCCAACGACAGACCGCACCCAAGAAAUUCAACGGCAUCGAAGGCACAAUCUGUCGUUCAAUUAUACUGGUCGAUUCCAAGAGAUGGACGCGGCCGACAGCAUGUUCCGACCGGUCCAUGGACUCGACAUUCCACAAAAGGACCAGAGCGAACAGGGCUUUAGCCCUGGUAGCGUCGUGGUGUCGCAUGCGGACAACACACUUGUCCUGGACUUGAAUGUUCCUGCUUGGCUGAUGCCGGAAGAAGACAUUCGAAAGUGUGGGACGUUGUGGUGUCGAUGGAUGGACGCCGUGGUCACGCACUGUCUCGACUCGACUACCGUCGGUGGUCGCACACUGUCCGACUUGCCAUUGCUCCAGUCGAACGAGACCAUCGACGCCGUCGAAACGGAGAUGUUGACGGCGUUGCGUCUGCGCCCUCUCGAUGUCGAAGACAUCUACCCCGUCACACCGCUUCAGUCUGGGCUACUGGUCGCGCUCAUGGCCGACCCCGCCGAGUACGUGCUUCAGAUCGUGCUGGACUUUCGCGGGACCGACGAGUUGAGUUAUGUCAAGCAGUGUUGGCACAACGUGUCGAGUAACAUUCCCUUCCUACGAACGACGUUUGUGUCAACUUCGUACGGCAUGUUCCAAGCGGUUGCAAAGGCCGAUUGGAGCGAGUGGACGAUGCUAGAUGAACAACCAUGGCCGGCCAGUGACUUGGAAAAUUGCACGGAAACGUUUCUUGCCACCGAUCGACGCCGCGGGUUUCCAUUUCCGUCCAAAUCGUUCCAUCGAUUCACGGGCGUGCAUGUGUCUGGUACGUUUGCCGUGCUUGGUUUUCCGAUCUUACCUCUUUGUAGAUAA